AUGUCUCUUGAGUUCUUCCACAAUUUAACAUUGUUACAAUGUCUCUCUGUUAGCGCCUUCAUUACUACCGUAUCACUCUUCUUCUGUGGAAUACCGAUAUGUGUAAAUAUCUGGAAAAGACGAAAUACAAAAGAUAUCAGUGCAGUGCCGUUCCUAAUGGGUGUUCUCGGAGCGGUAUACUGGCUGCGAUAUGGUUUAAUGAAAACGGAUUACACAAUGAUCGCAGUGAAUAUCUUUGCCGCUACACUUAUGGGCUUAUAUCUUAUAUUUUACUACUUCAUGACUAAAAAGAAGCUAUGGAUCUCGAUUGAAAUUUGUGCCGUGAUAUUCCUUAUAUCAUUGAUGCUUCUUUUGGUCAGGAUAUAUAGGCAUGAUAUUUUUCAUCCACUUGGCUUUACAUGCAUGACCUUUAACAUUUUAAACUUUGGUGCACCGUUAGCUGGUCUUAAAGUGGUAUUACGGCAACGCAGUUGCGAGACGUUACCAUUGCCAAUGUGUAUAGCUAAUCUUCUUGUAUCAAGUCAAUGGGCUUUAUAUGGUGUGUUGGUAUCUGAUGUUUACAUUAUUACACCGAAUGCGAUUGGAAUGCUGUUGGCAAUGAUACAGAUAGCAUUGUUCCUAAUAUUCCCAAUGAAACAAGGACGCCUUUCACCAGUACAACGGUGUUUCAAUCCUUCAUGCUGCGCUACAGCAGCUUCUUUCUCUUCUGAUGAGAACGUUAUUAAUGAAAUGAAACCGAAAAAAUCGUGGAUUAAUAGUGCAGCUAAAAAAAGUGAAUUGGUGGACUCCGGGUUGAGCAGAAGUCAAAGACCGUACUGCAAUAGUCAUAUGGCAGACUUCAUCCAUAACUAA